AUGUCAUUGGACGAAGAAUUUGAUUAUAUGUCCAGUCAAGACAACUACGUGAUUGAUGAACAGAUAGACCUAUUUGAAGCUCAUUAUUAUGCAAAAUGCAGGAAAACAAAACAAAAAAUUAAAAAAACACCAUGUCCGAUAACAAAGAAAACGCUCAAAUGUCAACUAACAGUCCUCAAACGGAGUUGUACCAACGAGAAGCAAACUCCCAAGGCUCAGCAAAAAACAUUUCGAUAUGAUCAUUACCCGCACAAGCCCAAGCCAUUUGACUGUGAUGAACAAUUUCUUGACACUUCGCCAAGUAUUGACGACGAAAAUCAGCAGAAUUUUUCCAGUUUUCGACGUCAUUUCUAUGAAAUGAAUCACACACUGAUCAAAUCGUCGUUUGGGAAGUAUUCAAACGUUCAAAUCAUGAAUAUUCGUCCAGUAUCAACAAACGAAUCAAUAGUACAAGAAUUCAUGGAGGAAUUGCCUAAAACACCGCUCUUUCCCCAUCUAGUUUAUCAUGAAUUAAAACUGAGCAAUCCAAAAAUUACUUUUCGCUAUGGAUUUUCCGUAUCAAAUCGAAACACUUCGGCAAGGUUUCUUUCGCGAACGCAUCGCUACUCAACACAAAAUAGACAACAUGGUGCAAUACAUUUAUCCGGUCUGCUAUGUUGUAACAGCAACAGUAGUAUCCUGGCUUGUGCGGCAAUAUACAAACGCAAUAGAUAUCUUUCGGUUACAGAUUCUAGUGGACAUAUGUACGGCUAUAAUAAUAUAUUACGAAUGAUUCCAUUAUUUAUAGUUGAUCUGAGAUAUUUUCAUCGAUCCAAAGCGGAUGGUUCUUGGUUUCGCGUACCAGAUGUACCACCGGUUAAUGUUAAGAAGAAAAAUGAGAUACCAGAAAUCAUUCCAAAGAAGUAUUUACGGAAAGUUUUGGAUCUAAUCAAUGACCAUGAACGACGAUACAAUCAAUAUCAAAUACGACACUAUCCCUAUAAGGAUUAA